UGCAAUGGAGACAGCUUUAUUUUUUUUCCCACUUCCUUAAGCCCUGUCAGCGUCAGACACACCCUGGUACUUUUCAGCCGCCUUGAGCUGGUACCAAGGUAGAAGUACUGUCUGGUAAAGCUUUCAUCAAGACUAAGUGAAGGCGUUUUUAUCUGAGUUCUCAGGAGGAAGAAAAUACAGACACCAGACAUUUGCUUCACCAAAAUGGACAGUUUUUCGCUUUUUUUUUCAAACAUAGAAGAAAUUUGAAUGUUUUGUGGGAACAUCAGUGACCUCUGUGAUCCACGACCUUACCCUGGCAGUGGGAGUCCUUUCCCUGACUCUUGAAUCGGUUUUGCUAUCAGAAUGGCAGAGAAACUCAACCUUCCAGAAAAUACAGAUGACUGGACUAAAGAGGACGUAAACCUGUGGUUACAAAGCCAUAAGAUUGACCAAAAGCACAGGGAAACUUUGAUGGCACAAGAUGUGAGUGGAGCAGUCUUGAAGUGGUUAAAUAAAAACAAUCUUGUUGAAAUGGGCCUAACCCAUGGACCAGCUAUCCAAAUAGAAGAGCUAUUCAAAGAAUUGCAGAAAACAUCUUCAAAACAUUCUACUCAGACAUCUAAGGGGAAAAAGGGUAAUAAAAUAACUCCUAAAACACAGACAGAAAGUAGAGAGAAUUCAAAGAAAAACCAAAGGGGUGAGGAGAAUGCAGAUAAGGCUGAUGCCUCUGCAGUGAGGCCAGAGACUAAAGGGUCUAAAUCAGAAAAAAAUGAGCUGAUGGAAGACAAGACAGAGCGACAGGGUGAACAGUCACCUCCAGGACCGACAUGUGUUGCAUACCCUUUCAAUGAAUUCAGUCAUUCGUAUCGUUACAAAUUACAUUUCAUCCUACAGCCUGAAACAGGGCCACUUAAUCUCAUCGACCCAGUACAUGAAUUCAAAGCCUUCACAAACACGGAAGCAGCCACAGAAGUGGACAUUAAGAUGAAAUUCAGCAAUGAGACUUUCCGGUUUGCUUCAGCUUGUAUGAAUUCGCGUACUAAUGGCACCAUUCAUUUUGGAGUCAAAGACAAGCCCCAAGGAAAAAUUGUUGGUGUGGAACUCACCACGGUCACUAAAGAUGCCAUAAUUGACCACUUCAAUCUGAUGAUAGACAAGUAUUUUGAGGUCCAUCAGGUCCAACAAGCAAAGAAGUGUAUUCGAGAGCCAAGAUUUGUGGAAGUUUUAUUGCCAAACAGUACUCCAUCUAACAGAUUCGUUAUUGAAGUAGAUGUCAUUCCACAAUACUCUGAAUGCAGAGAAGACUUUUUCCAGAUCAAAAUGCAACAUCUUAAGAACCAAACAUGGCAACAAAGUUCAAAGUACUCAGUCUUUGUGCGAGAUGGGCCCAAAAGUAAAGACAUCAUAGGGAAUAAAGUUGAUUUCAAAACUUUUAAGUUAGAUUUAAAAGCAGUGACAGAGUCUAGGAAAGAAGCAGAAGCAAAAUGCAAAGUAAAAGCCGAUGGAAACAAGAGCGAGGGACAAAAGCUAAUUGAACUGUUGACAAGAAACCAGGAUCUGUUAGAUAACUCAUACUAUGAAUGGUACAUACUUGUCACCAACAAAUGCCAUCCAGAUCAAAACAAUCACUUAGACUUCCUGAAAGAAAUUAAAUGGUUUGCUGUGUUGGAGUUUGAUCCUGAAUCUGAGAGCAAAGGUGUAGUCAAGGCUUUCAAAAGAAGCCGAGUAGCAAAUCUCCACUUUCCAAGCCAAUUUAUGGAAGGAAAAAAUACAUUAAAUGAGAGAAUUUCCAGUCUGAAUCUUUACCACCAACCCAGCUGGAUUUUCUGCAAUGGCAGGUUAGACCUUGAGAGUGAAAAAUAUAAACCCUUAGAUCCAAUUUCUUGGCAAAGAGAAAGAGCUUCUGAGGUCAGAAAGCUGAUUUCAUUUCUUACACAUGAUGACAUAAUGCCAAAAGGGAGAUUCUUGGUAAUAUUUUUAUUAUUGUCCCCUGUGGAUGACCCAAGAGACCCUCUUAUUGAGACUUUCUGUGCUUUCUAUCAAGAUCUUAAAGGAAUGGAAAAUAUACUGUGUAUUUGUGUACACCCAGACAUAUAUCAGGUAUGGAAAGACCUUCUUGAAGCAAGACUAUCAGGACAGCAAAAUGAAAUAUCAAACCAAAGCAUUUCUACUUUAAAUAUUGCAGAGAUAAAUGGCACUAUUCUUAAGUUAAAAUCUUUAACUCAGUCUUCAACGCGAUUCUUACCAUCUGUUGGUUCAUCUACUGUCCUUCUGAAAAAGGAAGAAGAAGUCAUGACUGCCUUGGAAAUUCUCUGUGAGAAUGAAUGUGAAGGUACACUCUUGGAAAAAGACAAAAAGAAAUUACUUGAAUUCAAGACAUCCAAAGAGAAAGACUUCUACAGGGGUGGUAAAGUAUCCUGGUGGAACUUCUACUUCUCUUCUGAAAACUAUUCUUCAUCAUUUGUGAAAAGGGAUAAAUAUGCAAAACUUGAAAAAAAAAUUCAAGAAUGGGCAGAUUCUUCUCAACCAGUUUGUGCAAAAAUUAUCCAUCUCUAUCAUCAUCCUGGCUGUGGAGGAACCACUUUGGCCAUGCAUGUUCUCUGGGAGCUAAGAAAGAAAUUCAGAUGUGCUGUGCUGAAAAAUAAGACAGAGGAUUUCUCAGAAAUUGGAGAACAGGUGACUAAUUUAAUCACCUAUGGAGCAACGAGCCAUCAGGAGUACUUACCUGUGCUGCUCCUUGUUGAUGAUUUUGAGGAACAAGACAACGUCUACCUUCUUCAGGCCUCCAUUCAAACUGCUGUUGCCAACAAACAUAUUCGGUAUGAGAAGCCUCUGGUGAUCAUUAUAAACUGUACAAGGUCACAAAAUCCUGAAAAAAGUGCAAAGCCCCCAGACAGUGUUGCUCUAGUCCACCAACUGUCUGACAAAGAACAGAGAGCAUUUGAGCUUAAAUUGAAAGAAAUCAAAGAACAACAUGAAAAAUUUGAAGAUUUUUAUUCUUUUAUGAUCGUGAAAUCGAGCUUUAACAGAGAGUAUAUAGAAAAUGUGGUCAGGAACAUUCUGAAAGGGCAAAAUGUCGCUACCAAGGAAGCAAAGCUCUUUGCUUUCCUGGCUCUUCUUAACACAUAUGUACCUGACACUACCAUUUCCCUCUCACAGUGUGAGCAUUUCCUAGGAAUCUCGAACAAGAAGGCUUUCUGGGGAACAGAAAAGUUUGAAGCCAAGAUGGGUACCUACUCUACAAUUCUAAUCAAAUCAGAGGUGAUAGAAUAUGGGAGCUACUAUGGAGUACGCAUCAUUCACCAUGAGAUUGCCACUGCCUCACUGGAAGAAUUGAAGAGAAGCUACAACUUGAACAAAAGUAAAAUCGUGAUGGAUAUGCUCACAGAAAAUUUGUUCUAUGACACAGGUAUAGGAAAAGACAAGUUUUUCCAAGACAUGCAAACACUUUUGCUCACAAGACAGCGUGAUGAGCAUGAAGGUGAGACAAGAAACUUGUUCUCCCCAUUCAUCGAAGCAUUACAUAAAGAAGAAGGAAAUGAUGCAGUUAAAGAUGUAUUACUUGAAGCUAAUCGUAGGUUCAACCCCAAUGCAUUCAUUUGCCAAGCCUUAGCAAGACAUUUCUACCUUAAAGAGAAGGACUUUACAAAUGCUCUCUUUUGGGCAAAACAAGCAAGAAAGAUACAGCCUGAUAAUUCCUACAUCUCAGAUACACUAGGUCAAGUCUACAAAAGUAAAAUAAGAUGGUGGAUAGAUGACAAUGCAAGAAAUGGGACUAUCUCAGUUGAUGAUCUAACUGAUCUGUUAAAUUUAGCCGUACAUGCAUCCGAUGCUUUCAAAGAUUCUCAACACCAAACUGAAGAUAGAGAAUAUGAAGGGAAAGAAAGGAUGUAUCAGAAGUCUAAAAGGAGGUAUGAUACUUACAACAUAGCUGGUUAUCAAGGAGAGAUAGAAGUGGGACUCUACACUAUCCAGAUCCUCCAACUCAUUCCUUUCUUUGACAACAAAAAUGAACUAUCUAAACAAGAUAUGAUCAACUUUAUAUCAGGAAAAUGUGAUAUCCCAGGGAAUCUAAAUGAAUUUAAGUCAGCACUCAAGAAUUUUAUUCCUUAUCUAACUAACCUGCAGUCUUCUUUGAAGAGAUCCUUUGACUUUUUUGAUGAUUAUUUUGUUCUUCUAAAGCCCAGGAACAAUAUAAAGCAAUAUGAAGAGGCUAAAAGUCGGAGAAAGGUAGGUUUGCACUUUAAGAGGUAUGUAGAAAUAUUUGGCCCCUUGGAAGAAUCACAAAAUCAAAACUUUAGGUCAAAGCUCAGUCUACCACUUCAAGUAGAAAAGACUCGGAGAAGCCUAGAAGCUUUAAAAGCAGACAAGUUUUCUGGACUCUUAGAAUAUCUUAUCAAAAGUCCAAAAGAUGCUGUGGGUUCCAUGGAAGACAUAGUGAACAAAUACACUUCCCUUCUUGAGCAAGGUGUUAUCAAAACCCAGCAAAAGGAAAAGCAAAAUUUCAUCUUGGCCAACAUCAUCCUCUCUUGUAUUAACCCUACCUCCAAAUUAGUGAAACCAAUUAAAAGACUGAAAGAGCAACUUCGUGAGAUCCUACAAUCAAUUGGACUGACUUACCAGUUUUCAGAACCUUAUUUCCUAGCUUCUCUUUUAUUUUGGCCAGAAACCCAAAACCUAGAUCAAGAUUCUAAACAAAUGGAAAAGUAUGCUUGGGCACUUGAAAAUUCUUUCAGGGGGCAAUAUAAACGCAUGUAUCGCACGAAGCAACCAAUUGCAUAUUUCUUUCUUGGGAAAGGUAGCAAUAGAAACAGACUUAUCCACAAAGGGAAAAUUGAUGAAAAUUUCGAAAAAGUAUCUGAUAUUAAUUCUUGGUGGCAUAGUGGAAAAGUAUGGGAAGAGAAAAAAGUCCAGGAUCUUUUGGAUCGUUUACAGGGACGAGCUGAAAACAACAAUUUAUACAUAGAGUAUGGAAUCAAUGAAAAAAUCACAAUACCAAUUUCACCUGCUCACUUAGGUCAACUUAGAAGUGGGAGGAGCAUAGAAAAGGUGUCUUUUUAUCUAGGGUUUUCCAUUGGAGGCCUUCUUGCUUAUGACAUUAAAACUGUUUAAGAUCUUGAAUGUCUUUAUCUAGAAAUGUGGUUUUAGUAUCAUCUUUUUUUCUUUAAUUUGCUUAUAGAUAUAAUUCAGUAAUUUUGUGUAGUGGGAAUGGUAGUAGUCGAAGAAAACUUCAGGUUAUUUCUGUGCAAUGGGUACAUAGAAUCCUUUUUACUUUUUAAUUUUCCCUCUGUAUAACCAUGUUGUCAAGAAAUUACUCUAAAAUAUCCACAAAAUAAAACGAAGCCAAAAUUUAUAAUUUGUUUUGAUCAUCAUAGUCUCACUAGAAUCCUGCUGGGAGGAGAUUCCCUCCUGCCUCUUACAUAAAAUUCAUCUCCAUAAUUUAUCAGUUCACUCUUUACUUUUACUUGACAAAUACAUAGUUAUGGUAACCAAUGUGAUGUUUUGAAAUAUGCAUGCAUUACAAAAUGAUUAAACUAAAUUAAUUUGAAGAAUCUAUUGAUUCACAAACUUACAUCUUGUCAUAAGAGUAUCUGAAAUUUUCCUAGCAAUUCCGUGUGUGUGUGUGUGUGUGUUUGCUUGUUUUGUUUUUGUUUUGAAUCAGGUUCUCUUUAUGUAGCCCUGCCUGUCCUGGAACUCACUAAGUAAACCAGGUUGGCCUCAAACUCACAGAGAUUGACCUGCCUCUGCCUUCCAAGUUCUAGGACUAAAGGGGUGUGCCAUCAUGUCCAGCCUAGAAUUUUCAAUAAUGUGCUGCUUUGCUGUUAAGUAUAAUCAUCAUACUAUAUAAUAGAGCCUCUUGUCUACCUUGAUCCUCAUACCCCUUUACUAGUAUCACUUCAUUUUCAAUACUUUCCUAGUAAUUGUCAUGUACUCUUUGUCUAGUGCCUUUGCUCCUAUGAGUUCAUUUCCUUGGGUUCCACAUUUAUGUGAGAUUAUAGAAUUUUUCAUACUUAAUUUAUUUCAUUUCUGAAAGAUGGUGAUAUCUUAAGAUUAUUAUUGGUGAAGAUAUUUUAAUGAUGUCUAAAAAAUAAUCCCUCUAAGCAAACACAGUCUUAGUAUAGAAGUUAGGGUAUCUGGUCAUGGUUUUUUUCUGAGUCAGGUUUCAGUGCAUUCUGCAUAGAAUCACCCCUGCUGAAGUCUUACCUUCACAGCUGAUUCUUUUGAGCUCAGUAUCUUUUGGGUCAAGCACUCUCUCCCUCAUGACCCACCUUGGGUACACAUCAAGCACAAGUGUUUAUUUCACCAUUGAAAAAUGGUGCAGUUGAUUUCUAGUUUCAAUUGCAAGAUGCCUUGUAAAUUUAGGGUGAUAUGCACCAAGCCCUCUCAGAAGGCUGUCUGAACGAUUUCUGUGCCUAGAUUCCUUUGGUAAGACUGAGAAACUUUCUUCAAAAGUACCUCCUCAUAAAGGGUUGGAGGUUCAGAGGUCUCAUCUAGAUACAUGAAGCUCUAGUUCAGUCUCCAGAGCUAAAAUAAAUAAAAGAUUUUUGAGACAGAAGAUAGAGUUCAGUGAUAAAUCACUUACUGCACAUUUUCAAGGCACUACGUUCAAUCUCCUGUACUGAAAUAGUAAUAUUUUUAAAAGAGCCUCUUUCUAAAUUCUGACUUUCUCAAUGCCAGCAGUAGGCAAGCUACAGACUAUAGGAUAAAGCACAUAUUUUUGCAAAUAUUGUUUUAUUUACCCCAACAUGAGUAAGGAGUACCUCUUUUUGAGUUCCUAGUCAGGGGGAUCAAAGAGACUGCCAAAAUAAUAUAAGCUGUUGUCAUUAUGCCUAGCUGUCUGCCAGACAUAAAUGUAAGGCCUUAUUGCUGAAGAAAUAACACUUUGUCACAGGGCUUGACUAAAUCAAGCUGGUACUGACUUGGAAGCCUCCUUCCUGAUCACCAGAUUCCAAAUGAGAAGAGAAAUCAGUACUCCCACCCAGCUAUAAAGCUUGAGAAUCACAAUAAAAAUAUGACCAACACUAUGUCCUCGGUGGAGUGAUACAGGCACUUGUAUCCUGAGAGUAGCCAAUGGCUGUCUAACUUAGUCUAAAACUCACUCUAUUAAAAAGAAUUCACAUGUAUAAAUAUAGCAAAGAACCUAGAUCCCAGAGGAGACUUCAUCACUAUCAUCUUUUUAAAGUGCUUUGUAAACACUCGUUUUUGUAUAUACAUAGGUAAGUGCAGCUCUCACAUAUCAUCAAAAAGCUUCUCUUCCAAACAGGUAGAGGCUAUUAGAGCAUUUUACAACUUGACAAAAUUCAGACAAUGACCAUGGAGUGGUCGGUUUUAAAUUGAACAUAUGUAACACAGCCCUUGUACCUAGGGCUCAGAGAACAUUUUGGGAGAGGGGAUAGAAAGACUUAAGUCAGAGGAUCAAGAUGACUAUGCAAUAAUUCUUUGUAGACAGUACAGGGAUGUUUCAAUCAUGAACUCAGAACAAAAUGGCAGCCUACACAAGACCUACAAAGACCACACAAACUGACACUCCAACAUGGACAGGAAAAAAAUUCACAAGGCUCCACCCCUAAGUAAAGAGCUACAGGGAAUGAAUGACUGUUGAGAAAGGAAGAGCCGAAGUGUUGUUGUUGUUGUUGUUGUUGUUUUUGUUUGUUUAUGAUUUUCAGAUCUGAGAUUCCUACCCUAAGCCAAGAGAUAAAUCUUAAAUACAUGCAAAUAGAGACAACACUAAUUGGGCUUAGAUAUUGUGUGUGUUAUAUUCUAUAUCCCAAUUCAACCUAACUAGGAAGGCGAAAUGAUUUCCUAGAAAAAGUAUUGACUGGGUCACUGUGAAACAGCAAAAUUAAUUAACUCACUAAUCAAACAAAUAGGUUCAGCAAUGCUCCCAAAAGAGAUAGAAGCCUGGAAAUGGAGCUUAGAAAAUAUGCAAUAUCAACCACAAAGAAUCAAUUAUAAAAAAAAGUCUUUAAAAAAAAAAAAGAAGAAGCCAGAGGAUGGGACUCUGUUAGGCCCCCCAUGACAUUAGUUCAAGAAUAAAAGGACUUCUAUCUCCCCAUCUCCCCUUUCCCCCAUCCUACCCCACCCUGG